UGUCUUUGUGUGCGGCGAGGCAGAUGGGCGUGAUGUACUGCAGGGCUCGCGGCGAGCUCACCGUGCAGCCCAUCGCGUGGACGCGCUGGCACAACGUGACGCUGUGGCUCGUGCAGCCGGACGAGGUCAUCAGACAGUUCCUGUCCACGUCGCCGCUGGUGGAGCCCCCGGACUUUGCGGCGAACAUGCGUCAGCUGAUGCGCUUCAUGCUGCUGCACCCCGAGCCAGCGACGCGAUCUUCCCGGGGGGCGCCGCUCGCAGAUACCGCCGGGACCCCACGGAUCCUGGCAGAGGCGCCAGGCUGGAGUGCAGUCCUCUGCCACUGA